AUGUUUCUGCUUGCCCUAGAGGAGGAAGAUGUAUGGCGUGGUGUAUUGAAUUGGGCCAAAUAUGGAGCAGGUGUUGCACAGCCCACCCCACAUUGGACUGAGGAAGAAAGGUUGCGUGUAUGUCAGCAGUUACAGGGAGUUAUCAAUCAUGUGCGACUUUUGCUUAUUGACAGUCAAGUGUUUGCUGAGGAAGUAGAACCCACAGGUGCAGUACCUAUGGAGCUGUCCUUAGAACGUUACCGCUAUGCAGCUCUUCCCAACAAAUUCAAGGAUAAUUCAACCAAUGAAGAUAAACGGCUUCAACCUCGUGUUUCACUCAAACUUUUUGCAGGAUCACAGAUUCUUAUCAAUGAAAAGAUGUCACUACAACGUGUGCUAAACAGCUGGUACGGUGUUAACAAGCAGAUGUGGCGCCUUGUGUAUCGAGCUUCAACUCACGGUUAUUCUGCUGAUGCAUUUCAUCGCCACUGUGAUGGUGUUGCUCCAACUUACACAAUAGUUAUGGGUCAGCAUGGUGAAAUCUGUGGGGGCUUCAGUGAUGUGCCAUGGGGUAAGACUACCAUGAAGGGCAGAUAUGUGGCAUCAGACAAGGCGUUUCUUUUCACACUUGUUAAUAACCAAGACAUUCCACCUGCUAAAUUCCCAGUAGUUAAAAAGAUGUUUGCAAUAUGUUACCAUCCUGAUUUCAGAGAUGGUAACACUGUUCAUAGCACCAGGUCAGACUCGGCUGUUGUGGUGGUGGUCACAGACAAGACUUAUUGGUGGUGUCUUGCUACAAAUUACAUUGUGGUCCCAUAUUUGGUGCUGGUGCAGAUCUCUUCAUAGCUGGCAAUUGUAAUCAGAAUCUUGAAAGUUACUCCAACCUUCCACAUUCAUAUGAUGGUGAAAAUGCAUCUUGCAAUACACUGAUGAGUGAUUACAACUUUACAGUUUUAGAUUAUGAGGUGUUUACCCCCUAUGGAAA